CAGGGCCUGGCGCGCCCGCAGGUUCAAACGCGCGCUGAAGCCGGCCUCCCGCGCCCGCCGCCUAGACACUGGCGCGGGGGCGGUGAACCUGCUGCCUCGGUUACUGGGAGCAACACAGACGCCUUGAGUUACAGGCACCCCGGCCCGGCGGGAGCGGGGCCAUUGCCAUGGAGCGCUCCCUGCACCGCGUCUCCCUCGGGAGCCGGCGCGCCCACCCGGGCUUGUCCUUCUACCUCACCACUUUUGGUCAGCUGAAGCUGUCCAUCGAUGCCCAGGACCGGGUUCUGCUGCUCCACAUCAUAGAAGGCAAAGGCCUGGUGAGCAAGGAGCCUGGCGUCUGUGAUUCCUACGUGAAGAUUUCUUUGGUCCCCGAAGAUAAUCGACUAUGCUGUCAGAAGACGCAGACCAUUCCAGACUGCAGAGACCCAGUCUUCCACGAGCACUUCCUCCUUCCUGUCCAAGAGGAAGACGAACAGAAGCGCCUUCUGGUCACAGUGUGGAACAGGGCAGGUGACUCCAGACAGAGUGGACUCAUCGGCUGCAUGAGCUUCGGGGUGAAGUCCCUCCUGACUCCGGACAAGGAGACCAGCGGCUGGUACUACCUGCUGGGAGAGGACCUGGGCCGGACCAAGCACCUGAAGGUGGCCAGGCGGAGACUGCGGCCCCUGAGAGACCCUUUGUUGAGACCGUUGGGAGGUGAGGACACCGAGAACAGGGAGAAACUCAAGAUUACCAUCCCGAGGGGGAAGGACGGCUUCGGCUUCACCAUCUGCUGCGACUCUCCAGUCCGAGUCCAGGCCGUGGAUUCCGGGGGCCCGGCAGAGCGGGCAGGGCUGCAGCAGCUGGACACGGUGCUGCAGCUGAACGAGAGGCCCGUGGAGCACUGGAAAUGCGUGGAGCUGGCACACGAGAUCCGGAGCUGCCCCAGCGAGAUCAUCCUGCUUGUGUGGCGUAUGGUCCCCCAGGUCAAGCCGGGGCCAGAUGGCGGGGUCCUGCGACGGGCGUCCUGCAAGUCGACCCAUGACCUCCAGUCGCCCCCCAACAAGCGGGAGAAGAACUGCACCCACGGGGCCCAGGCACGGCCAGAGCAGCGCCACAGCUGUCACCUGGUGUGUGACAGCUCGGAUGGGCUGCUGCUCGGUGGCUGGGAGCGCUACACUGAGGUGACCAAGCGCGGGGGCCAGCACACCCUGCCUGCACUGUCCCGUGCCACUGCCCCCGCCGACCCCAACUACAUCAUCCUGGCCCCGCUGAACCCUGGGAGCCAGCUGCUGCGGCCUGUGUACCAGGAGGAUGCCAUCCCCGAAGAAUCAGGGAGUCCCAGCAAAGGGAAGUCUUACACGGGCCUGGGGAAGAAGUGUCGGCUGAUGAAGACGGUGCAGACCAUGAAGGGCCAUGGGAACUACCAGAAUUGCCCGGUCAUGAGGCCGCAUGCCCCACACUCAAGCUAUGGCACCUACGUCACCCUGGCCCCCAAGGUCCUGGUGUUCCCCAUCUUUGUUCAGCCUUUAGAUCUCUGUAACCCUGCCCGGACCCUCCUGUUGUCGGAGGAGCUGCUGCUGUAUGAGGGGAGAAACAAGGCUGCCGAGGUGACGCUGUUUGCCUACUCUGACCUGCUGCUCUUCACCAAGGAGGAUGAGCCAGGCCGCUGCAACGUCCUGAGGAACCCCCUCUACCUCCAGAGCGUGAAGCUGCAGGAAGGUUCUUCAGAAGACCUGAAAUUCUGUGUGCUGUAUCUAGCAGAGAAGGCAGAGUGCUUAUUCACCUUGGAAGCUCACUCGCACGAGCAGAAGAAGAGAGUGUGCUGGUGCCUGUCGGAGAACAUUGCGAAGCAGCAACAGCUGGCGGCUCCGUCCCCUGAGAGCAAGAAACUGCACCCUUAUGGCUCUCUCCAGCAGGAGAUGGGGCCGGCCAACUCAACCAAUGCUACCCAGGAUAGAAGCUUUACCUCAUCAGGACAGACUCUGAUUGGCUGAGCAAACCCAAGGGCAGGACUCUGCUUCUGGCAACUUAACUCUUUCUUGGGCAUCCCUUACCACACAGUAACCUCACCUCAACUGGACCCAAAACGGAGGACCAAGAUGGUGGGCCUAGGGUCAUCUGAAGGGAGUGGCCCCACGGGUGUGUGGACUGGCGUCAGAAGGACCACAGUGGUGUGAGAGGCCCUGUGGGCAGAUGCAGACUGGCUCAGAAAGUCCCAAAUGGAGAAGACCCAGAAGCUUAUUCCCUACAAGGAAGAAGGAGGUGAAAUAGCAUCUGGGCUACCGGUGGUUCCAGUGCCUGCCUCAGGGGCAGCAGGAGAAGUUGGGAGAGGUCAGCCCUGAUGGAGAACAAUGCCAGGAUCCGCUGCUGCCAGAAGAUAUCUCCACCCAUUCACUCAUUUUUCAUCUGAACUCAUGCGUUCAUUCCUUCAUUCAUCAGAUAUUUUUAGGGCGUCUACUUUAUGCCAGGUUCUGGGCUAGGAGCUGGAGAUACUAUGGAGAACGAGAGGGACAUGGUCUCUGCGCUUAUCAAGGUUUCAGUCUCAGUAGGGGAGAGAGCAUUACAUAAACACCAACACACACACAUGGGGUUACACACUGUGAUCAUCUAUGGAGGAAAAGAAAGGAUUCCUUUAAGAGAGAAUAUUAUUAGAGAUUGCUGUGUGUGGGUGUGGGGUGGGAGAGGGGAAGAGCAUAACCUUUAAGCCAAGGAAGGAGUUAGCCAGUCAAGGACUUUGGAAAGGAUUUUCCAGACAGAUGGAGCAGCCUGCGAAGAGUCCCUGAGCUAGCAAGGAGCAGGAUGUGCUGGAGGAACGGAGCCCAGGCCGCUGGAGCUGGAGCUUAGUGAGGGGGAAGACCAAGUAGGUGGGGGCCAGAUCGUACAGGGCUUUGGUGGUUAAUGUAUUGACUGCAUUUGAGACACAGUGGGAAGCCAUUGAAGGCUUUUGAGAAAGGGAGUCACAGACUCUCAGGGACAUUUCUAGACGAUGAGAGAACCCAAGGAGGGGCCCAAGUGGGUGUGAGGAGAUCAGUUUUUUUUUUGAGGGGGGGUCCCUUCAGUCCUCCGGGUGAUGGGUGAUGGUGGCCCGUCCUGGAUGAUGUCUGGGGAGGCGAGUAUGUGAAUGCCCAGACCCUCGGGUAGGGGAGGCUCUGCGAUGAGAAGAGAGAGUUUCCUGUCCCUCCACUGCUCUCACCCUCAUCCUCCACUGUGUCUCACUCUUUCAGCGGAUGCACGUAAGGAUGGGGCCUUCCUCACAGAGCCCCCUCCUGGUGAGGCCUGGGUAGGGACCAGUGCUGAGUUCUGAGAAUGUCCCUGGGAGUUGGGAGUUAUGGGUGCUUCAGCUGGCCAAGGUGGUCAAGUUCACAGCCCCCCAGCCUCAGCAGGGGUGGCCUGUGCUGUCCCUCCAUCCUGUGAACACAGCCCUCUGGAAACUGACUGGGUUUGCUUUCUGCAGAGCUCCUGAGGGUCGGGGACUGGGGCUAAGUGAGGCUCAGCACACUUAGAGGAGGCCGUCCUGCCAUGAGGCUGACAAAGGCCUACGUGGGGGCAGCGAUUAGAGCGCAGCCUGCUCACUGCUGCUGCAUCUUCUGGUGCAGCCCAGCGUUGGGCAGCUUUCACACCCUUCUCUAACUGCGCAGACAUAGCUCACACACAAAGGGUAUGUGUAGGAUCAGGGUCAUUUGCAUAGAAAGGGGGUCAGAGAGGCUGGACUUCAGUUUAGAGAAGUCCCCUUGGAGCUUGGACACUCCGUGUUGUGUCUUUUAAGAGCUUCUCCGUGUCUUUAGAGAGGGGUCUUGUGCCCUGGUGAGUUUGCUCAGCUGCUUUGGCUACUUGACCCCUAAGAAGGGUGGCCCAGAAGAGAAUUUGCCCCUUACCUCCCACGGAUCACCCCUCCUCCCAGCCUAGGAAAGAUCAGACACGUCGCAUCAGUAAUCUAACAGGGGAUCAGCCCAGUGUCCUGCCCAGCAGGGGAAUAGCCUGGGCCUGAAGUGGGACAAGUGAUCUGCAGUGUCUAUCAGCCGAGAUUCUGCCUGCAGGGUUAAUUCUGAGCGGCUGAGCAGCUGAGUCUGCACAGACACAAGCUGCACCAUGACUUCGUUUGAUUCCCUUUUACAAAAUGACAUUAAGGGGAGUGUGAGGCGCAGGAGAAUUGCCUGUCUGGGAAGACAGCGAGCUUUUCUCUCCCGGACCUGGGGACCUACCUCUGUCCACCAGACAGGUGCAGAGGACGGGGGAGCUCUGGCAGCAGGGAAACGGAGACUCGGAACACGGCACUUAGCCCUGGGGACGGCACUUUCCUCUGGCUUGUCCCAACAAGCUGCUGAGUGGAGCGGAAGCUCCCGUCAGGGUCCUAGACCUGGCUGGCUGCUGGGAAAGCAGACAUCAGCUCCUGGAGGGCCCUGGACCCAUCUUCCCAGUGACUGUUGUGAGCCACAGCGCCAUUGCUGCUCUGCCUCUCAAAUCGAUGAGACAAUUAAUUUGGCUCCACGGGCUCGAGAAGAUGAAAUAUGACCAGGUGGCCACUGCUCCUCAGAGGCCCAGUCCACCCAGACGUCCAGGAUGAUGAACGCAUCGAAAUCGCAUUUGAGAGCCAUAAUCACGGGAAACAUGGCCGAGCCCCUCCCUCCACAUAAAUCACGCUAAGAAGCUCACACAAUGGUCUCUUUCCUGAUGGGCCAAUUGUCUUGGUGUGUGUCUCGGGGCGAGCUGGGAGCAUGGGAGCACAACCAUUUAUUGUUGAAAAGGCCAUCUGUGCGAUUUGAAUACAAAGUGAUUCUUUAAGUUCCCCACACAUCCUUUGAUCCCAUUUUUUUGUUUUCUUAUUGUCUCAGGCUCUGGGUCUGUUGAAACUCCCAGUCUCUCCUGGAAGCAGUCAUGCUCUGGUCUCUGCCGCCUGGGUCCUUUGGCCCUUUGGGAGUUGGAACCUGUCGGAAAUAAUGAUGACAUUUAUUUAUGUAUGCCUUUUUUUUUUUUAUUCUUUAGUUUAAAUUCUUGUUUCAUAAAUUCUGCCACCAAAGCCUGAAUUUCUCAUACACGGCACCAAGAGCGUUCUGCAGAUUGAAGGUGUGGGCAAUUUCACAAUGUGGGAGGGCUGCCCACAGCGAGAGCACGGGCUUCAGAGAUGGCAACUGGGAUCCCCAGGCAUUAUCUCCCUUAGGCCUCCCAGCAGCCUUGUUCUAUGGAUGGAAGGAACUAAGACUCAGAGAAGUUAAGUGAUUUAUCCAAGGUCACAUAACUGGUAAGAGACCGAGCUAGUCCUCAAGCCAAGGCCUUGCAACCUAAUCCAUUGCUCUUUCCAAAUGAAAGGUUUGCCUCUUAGGAGUGGAAGUAAGAGAAAUCAAUCAUCUCCUCCAGGAAGAGCCAGGAGGAAGAUAUCCUGCAUGCAGAAAUCGUGGCCCUUUAAGCUCUAGACGGGAUGCUUUAGGACUAAUAAAAAUGAGAUGCCUUAUUCUCUACACAGUGGAGAAUAAACUUUGAGUUCAUAUGGCCCAGGGGUGGCCCAGGCUGACAAGAUGAAUAGCUUCACACAAGAUUUAAGAGGUCUGAUGUGAAAGACAAGGUGGACGUCCUGAAGACAGGCUCUCAGCAGCACUGGGAUGGUGGGGUUACCCCAUCCCCCUUUUGAGUCUGGCAUUCAAGAGGACCAGCAGCACAGUCUUGGGGUACCUGGCCGCAAUGAACAGCGGCCGAAGGCAGAAAGGGAUGGCUCAGGUUCAGGCCCAGAUGGACUGAGCAUGAGUACAGGAAGGAGGCCUUUGACCUCUGCCCUGUUGAGGGUGAGGAGAGAGCCUACUCCAGGUUUUGGGCCCAGAUUUUGCCAGUUGACUGACUUGGAAUCUCAACCCUAA